AAGAGGAGGCGGCGGCGGCGAUGCAGCGAUGGCGGCGGCGGAGGCCGCGUUCAGCCUGAGGGAGGUUCUGGACGCGUUCCGUCGGUGCGUGACGGAGCAGCAGGAGGUGCUGCUGGAGCCCUACCUGAGCGGCUGGCGGGGCCUCAUCCGGGGGCUGCACCGCGCCCUGCGCUGGCUGCAGCUCUUCCUGCAGGGGCUGCUCUCGGGGGAGUCCCGCACCUCCGUGCUCUGCACCGACGCCUACAACGCUUCCCUGGCCGAGCACCACCCCUGGCUGAUCCGCAAAGCCGCCACCGUGGCGUUCUGCGCGCUGCCCUCCCGCGAUGCCUUCCUGGACAUCAUGAACGUGGGGACGAACGAGGAGGCGGAGGCGGUGCUGGGGGAGGCCAUCCCCUACAUCAGCCAGGUGUACAGCAUCACCCAGGAGCUCUUCGAGCGCCACCAGCUGCUCGACCUGCCCUGAAAAAUCCCAUUUCUGCGCAAGCACGGCUCUCUGCUUUCUCCCUCCGUCGUUAUUUUCAGCCCGGAGCUGAGGAGUUUGGCCAGACUAUUCAGGAUGCUUCACUUUGUAAAUGUGGACCGGUUGUUUUGGUUUUUUUUUUUUUACAUCUUGAUACUCUCUGUGUAGAGCUCUGCAAUUAGAAAAAAGAUAUUCACAUAAGAUGAGCUGCUAAGGGAUUUAUUAUUUUUUUGUUGAAAUGGUUUUUUUCUUUUAUCAAGCCAAACUUCUGUGUGUUUACAGCAAUAGUUGUGGCAGCACAAAUUUCAGCUGUGGUGCCUGAACACAUUUCUAUGUUAUGGAAGCUCACCUGGCCACUUUGGUUUGUACAAAAAUCCCACCUGGGGGGCUUCACCUGGAGAACUGAAUGCUGAGGAAUGCACUGGGGGGAAAAAAAUAUCUCUUUACAGCAUCACUCAGGAGCUCAACCUGCCCUGACUGCCCUGAAAAUCCCAUUUCUGCACAAGCACAGCUCUCUGCUUUCUCCCUCUGUCAUUAUUUUCAGCCUAGAGCUGAGGAGUUUGGCCAAAAUAUUCAAGAUGCUUCACUUUGUAAAUGUGGAGCAGUUGUUUUGUUUUUUUAUAUCUGAUACUUUGUGUGUAGAGCUCUACGAUUACCCAAAAAAAAAAAAAUCUGUCUUAGGAUGAGCUGCUAAGGAAUUUAUUAUUUUUUUGUUGUUGUUUAAAAGGUUUUUCUUAUCAAGCCAAGCUUCUGUGGUGCCUGAACACAUUUCUAUAUUAUGGGAGCUCACCUGGCCACUUUGGUUUGUAUAAAAAUCCCACCUGGGGGGCUUCACCUGGAGAACUGAAUGCUGAGGAAUGCACUGGGGGGGGAAAAAAAAAUCUCCUUUCCCUGGCACAGCCUCCUCAAGGUGCUGAAGGAAGAGAAGAAUGUUCCUGGAGCAGGGAUCCAGCCAGAGCAUCCUCAAAUCCUGGUUUUGCACUUGGGAUUUGUGCAGCAGCUUGGAAUUUGUGCUGCACAAUCCCCUCUGUCCAGCCCAGCCUGGAGCUGUUUAUUUCCAAAUUGUGUCUUGUGUGGUUUUUUUGGUUUUUUUUUUAAUGAAUGUGUCAAAUGCCUACAAAAAGGAUUUUUCUGCCUCUCUGGGAGGGAAAUCCACACUUGUACUGUAAAUCACUGCUUUGUGAGGCACUGGGAGAGCCAGAGGAUGUCAGAGGGGAUUG